AUGGUCUUUGGACGACGGUCCCCUUCGGACGAAGCCAGGAACCGACAUGCCCAACGAAAGGAUCCCAAAGGGACCAUUGCAGGAAAACAAGAUCCUGUCAGCAGCCAACCCAUGAUUGUCCAACCUCCUCCACCACCAAAAGAACCUCCCAACAACAAUAGUAAAGCACGCCCUACUACUAUUACUAAACCGCCACAACGCCCAUCAUGGUCGUUAAAGUCCUUGUUUCUGGGAUCUCCUUUUGGUAUCUUCUUGACGGCAUCCGUCUGUCUCAACCUUCCUCCCAUUAUUGUGGGUUUUACCGACAUUGCCGGGUUGGUCGACUUUUGCCUCGCCAGCAUUUGGCUCGUCGUCAACAGCGUCUUUUGUUUGGUCCACAUUGUGGCCGCCGUGUACGUGUCCCGAUCCGUCUUGUUGUGGUCGUCGACGACCCAGCAACACCACAGCAAACAGCAACAAUCCAACAACAAACGACGCAUGCUUUCCAAAGUCCACCGCGUCUUUUGCCACGAUCCCACCGUGACCUUUUACAUUUGGUUUGUCGCCUUUUACGCCGUCUUUUGCGUCAUUCCCAUUGUGGUGACGGUACAACCAAACGCCAAAGAUUUUGUCGACAACUUUGAUUACCAUAACUACUACGACGGAGACGAUGAUGCUGCCAACAACAAUAACGACGACAAUAGCAACGACUACUGUGGCCCCUUUAGUCAUGAAAAGGUGUUUCUGGCCAUGGCCUUUUGCUUGACGUGGAUUGUCCUGGGAACAGCCGCACUCUUGUUGGGCGUUUGUGUGGCUUAUGAAGAAGAUACGUAUGCUGUUAAUACGGGUGGUGGUGUUGAUGAUGAAGAAACGGGACAAUAUCGACCACCAGCUGGGAGUUAUGGAAUCUUUUCCGAUGCACCCGAGGAUCCGCCACCGCGAAGCAAUCAGACGGAUGCUCCUGGGACCUCGUUCUUCCAAGGUGUGCUGAACAAUGUCCUUCCCAAGAAAUCUCCUCCGCGUUCUGCAUCUCCACCCGGAGACACCUAUGAACAGAGGCAGCACCAGGAACAGAGGCAGCAGCACCAACAACAGGAACAACAGCGACGAGACCCCAAACAUCCCUUCCACUUUAGAACGUCGCACUCGGUUCACGAUCCCUUUCAGCAAUCCCUGCAACAUCAGCAACAGAUUGCCCUCAAUCGAAGCAGCAGUGAAUCGGCCAUUCAAGUGGCUCACGCGGCAGCUCAGGCAGCCGUCCAAGCGGCUCAUGCGGCCGAGGCUGCGGCCAAGGCGUCUCAUGCCGCCGUUUCGUCACGGCAGCUACCGAUCGAACCAGAACAGCAGCAACCGAAACCUCAGGCUGCUCGUGGCAAGGAAAACAGCAACAGGAACAGGAACAACAAUAAGUUGGAUCAAAACACCAAUAACCAACUCAAGGGUGCCAAUGCCAUGUUGCCCAAAGAGAAAGAGGCCAACAAUAAUACAAUGAAUUACAGCAGGGAAGAAGUGGUCACGGCCCUGUAUUCACUCAUGCCUGGCUUAUGA